AUGGAGAAAGUGAACAUCGAAGAAAUUCAGUCCACCGCUAAGAAACAGCGGGUUGCUACUCACACCCAUAUCAAAGGCCUUGGCCUCGAGCCAACCGGAAUUCCUAUACCAUUGGCGGCUGGAUUUGUGGGUCAACUUGAGGCGAGAGAGGCAGCUGGUCUCGUAGUGGACAUGAUCAAGCAGAAGAAAAUGGCGGGCAAGGCUCUUUUGUUUGCUGGACCUCCUGGAACUGGGAAAACAGCAUUGGCUCUUGGAAUAUCCCAAGAGCUGGGAAGUAAGGUUCCCUUUUGUCCAAUGGUUGGCUCUGAGGUCUACUCAUCAGAGGUUAAGAAAACAGAGGUUCUCAUGGAGAAUUUUAGGCGUGCUAUUGGGCUACGUAUCAAGGAAACUAAAGAAGUCUAUGAAGGAGAGGUCACGGAGCUAUCCCCAGAAGAAACUGAAAGUAUGACUGGAGGCUAUGGAAAAAGCAUCAGCCAUGUUAUCAUUGGACUCAAGACAGUCAAAGGAACCAAACAACUGAAGUUGGAUCCCACUAUAUACGAUGCCUUGAUUAAGGAAAAGGUAGCCGUAGGAGAUGUUUUAUACAUUGAAGCAAACAGUGGAGCUGUCAAGCGAGUAGGUAGAAGUGAUGCUUUUGCCACUGAGUUCGACCUGGAAGCAGAAGAGUAUGUUCCACUUCCGAAAGGAGAGGUUCACAAGAAGAAAGAGAUAGUGCAGGAUGUCACACUCCAAGACCUGGAUGCAGCAAAUGCCCGACCUCAAGGUGGCCAGGAUAUACUUUCAUUGAUGGGGCAAAUGAUGAAACCCAGGAAGACAGAGAUCACUGAUAAGCUGCGGCAAGAAAUUAACAAGGUGGUGAACCGUUAUAUUGAUGAAGGUGUUGCAGAGCUUGUUCCGGGAGUUCUAUUUAUCGAUGAGGUUCACAUGCUUGACAUGGAGUGCUUCUCCUACUUAAACCGUGCUCUCGAGAGCUCAUUAUCUCCAAUAGUGAUAUUUGCAACAAACAGAGGUGUCUGCAACGUUAGAGGAACUGAUAUGUCAUGUCCUCAUGGAGUCCCUAUUGACUUGUUGGACCGGUUGGUGAUAAUCCGGACUCAAAUCUACAAUCCCUCUGAGAUGAUACAGAUUAUAGCAAUCCGUGCGCAAGUGGAAGAGCUAACAGUGGAUGAAGAAUGCUUGGUCCUACUUGGGGACAUUGCGCAAAGAACAUCUCUAAGGCAUGCGGUUCAGCUUCUGUCUCCUGCCAGCAUCGUGGCGAAAAUGAAUGGACGUGACAGUAUUUGCAAGGCUGAUAUAGAGGAAGUAACAUCACUCUACCUUGAUGCCAAAUCUUCAGCGAAGCUUCUGCAGGAGCAACACAAAAAAUACAUCACAUGA